ACGAAAAAUAGAACGCACCUUCUAGCAACCCGGGGCCAGCGACUUUUUUUCUCUUCAGUGGUGUGACGUCGUUGCUGGCCCUAUCGGCGUCAUCCAUGCUGCUCUAGUCAAAGAACAAUGUGAUGUCUCUGCCCAGUGACGGCGCUCCUCUGCUUGAUCAUCCGCGGUAUUUCUUCUUCUCAUCACCAGAUGCCAAAAAUACAUGUCGCUCCACUAUCCCGCCGCCUUCUCGAUUCCGAGUACGCAGCCAGUCCCAUCGGGAAAGACGCUGAAUCGCUGACGGCAUUGGCAUUGGCACUAUUUAUUUGGGCGUCGGCUCAGGCAGCGGGCCGGAGAACCAAGAAAAAAUAUCCAUGGGCGCCUAUUUGUCAAUAUUAUGCCUGCCUUAUCACUGUGGUGGGUGGGGAGGUUCGGCGGCUUUUGUUUGCUGGCGCAUGUGCGAGGAUGUGGGCCGGGAGGGGGUGCAGAGGGCGGGUGGAGAUACCCCCUUCUGGAUCAGCAUCCCUAGCGAGCAUUCAAGCGGCAUAGUGAGCACCAUCAGCCGUUUGCUGCCGCUUAGCUCCGGGUAUGCUCUCCGGUAGGCGGAGCUUGCCAGACAGGAAGCCAUUUGGCAUAUAAAGGCACACGCAUCGGCACCAGCACUGCGAACCCAAACACCAUUACCAGUUGCUUCA